AUGAGACUUACGAAUAGACAUCGAAAUGGACAGAAAUCGAGGAAAUCUGUGUUGACAUUGAAAAUCCAAGUCAUUCAAGCACGUAAUAUAGAUAUAAUUAAGAAAUUUGACUGUAGCCCUGUUUGUUUUGUUGGCACUAAUAUCAAUUCUUAUGCAAAGACUAAUAAACUUAAGAAUUCGAAUACAAAAUGGAACGAAUCCAUUAAAUUAAAACUACCGAGAAACCCAAACUCCGAGUGGUUGCAUCUUGCCAUGUAUGAUGCCCUUCCUCCAAUUGAUCAACAUAUAUAUAAUAAACCACUGUAUCCUUCAUCUAUGUUAUUGAAUUCUCCAUCGGUUAGUACAAUUUCCUUAAAUUCACAGAUAUCAUCUUCUAGGCAUGGGAACGAAAGCAAUACUCGAGAUAAUAUAUCGCCAACAAACACCAAUUUCAACAGAGAAAUAGACUCUACACAGUCGUAUUCCAAAACAAGUAAUUACUUAUAUAUAGGGGAAGUUAGCAUAUCUUUGUUAGACCUUUUCCAGAACGCUGAUUCUUCCACGAGUUAUACUUUUCAGAUAGCGCCUAAAUGGUUUACACUAUAUGAUAAAAGAAGAGGCAAAAAUAAGGAUCUACCAGUAGGUGAUAUUAAAUUAGGAUUUCUAUUAGAAUCAAGCUCGAAGCAUAAGGUAACAUUUAAGGCAUUCAAUGAAUGGAAAAGUCAAUUGAUAGGCAAUCUAGAAAGUAGGAAAUUUCUACAUGAUGCUAGAUCCUCUCGAACGUCGGUACAUAACCUAAAAUCUAUUUCUGAAGAUAAGAUUAUGAACGACAUAAAUGAGGGUCAGCCGUAUACUCGUAGCUCAAAUGAUGAUAGUCUUCAACUUACGAGUAGCUCCAAUUCACAGGAUCAAAUAAAUCAGGUAGAAAGUGUCCUUGAUACCGAUCAUGAUUUGAUUUCAGUUGCUAGUUCCAUUUUUGAACAGAAUGAUGAAGAUGAAGAUGAGGAUGGAGACUAUGACGACGAUGAAAAUAGUGAUUAUGAUACUUCUCGCUUUGAUUUAGGAAAUGGUAAUCGUCAAUUAGAAGUCGUCGGUGAUGAAGACAUUGAUCCAAUUUCUGAAAGUGAAGAUAUUAAUGAUGAACUGGAGAUGACAGAACUUGCAGAAUUAUAUCAAUUGGAGGGAGCAGCGCUUGAUCUUCGAUCCAUGGUGACUGCUCUUGAUGAGUAUGACGUCGUGUAUCCGAAUAAUAAAAUGUAUGAACCGCCGGAACAUAAAGAAAAAAGAAAUGAUAUAUCUGACGUCUAUCCCUCAUAUGCCAGCAGUUACAAAGUGGCCGACGAUGAAGAUGAAAAGGCUACUUUAGAAGAAAGCCGAAGUAUCAGCUUCGAUUCCAUUGGUAAUCGUUUUUUGCACCUCAAGAGAAGAAAAAGGAUUGGGAUGGGAAAGAAAUCUUUGAUGCCACAUAAUAGACAUACAACUUUUCACGUCUCCAAGAAAUUGCAUGCUACUGGUAUGAUCUUUAUAAAACUUGAUAAGAUAAGAAACUUGCCUCAGCUGCGAAAUAAAAUAUCAAGAACAAAUUACUUCAUGGACCCUUUUAUUAUUACAACUUUUGGUAGAAGAGUUUUCAAAUCUUCUUGGAAAAAACAUGACUUGAAUCCUAUCUUUAAUGAAUAUAUUGUAUUUGAAAUUUAUCCUACAGAAAUGGACUACGGAUUUCAUUUCAAGGUAAUAGAUAAGGAUUCCUUUUCUUCAAACGAUGAAAUUGCGGAAUGUAGUUUGACAUGGAAGGAAAUGAUAAAUUCCCAAGCUACGACCCCAGAAUGGAGCAAGUUUGAAUUACCAUUAAUUAUGAAUGACCAUUUAUUAGUUGAUAAUAUAAAUCCGCUUCUAUCCAUAGAUGUCAAGUUUAUCCCUUAUCAACAAUUAAUAAAGUACUUUUGGGAACAGUCUGUACCGAUGCAGACAUAUAAAGAAAAUUACGAUAUUAUUGAUUUAAUGAUGUAUCUCGAGCAGCUUGGCUCAUUUUCAGAUGAAGACGCCUUGGACUUUUUCAGAUAUUUUGGCAAAUUAGCAUGGAAGGGGGAAACUUUGACUCGGAAGCAACUGAUUGAAGGUUUCCAGACGUGGAACAAAACAGCUAAUUUUAGACAUGUUUGGAAAUGUCCUAGUUGUUUUCGGUCCUGCCAUCCGACAAGAGGAACGCGUAAUUCUAAAUUAAUAAUAGAAAAUGACUUAAUUUCACAUUUUGCAAGAUGUACAUUUUCCAUCUCACAUAGAAUAUUACAACCUUCAUAUGUAUCAAGUUCUUUUGCGUCGAAACGUUGGUUUUCAAAGAUGUUAAUCAAAUUGACUUAUGGGAAGUAUGUUCUGGGCUCUAAUAACGCCAAUAUAUUAGUGGAGGACAGAGAUACAGGGAUCAUUAUAGAAGAAAAGAUUAGUGCGCAUGUGAAGUUAGGAAUGCGAAUUAUUUAUAAUGGUAAAGGUAAGGAGUCUAAGAAAUUCAAGUCAUUGUUGAAAUCGAUGUCUAUUCGCCAAGGGAGAAAAUUCGAUAGUCCUGUCUCGGUGAAACAAAUCAAACCUUUCAUAGAAUUCCAUUCACUAGACCUUUCUGACUGUUUAGAUACCGAGUACAAGACCUUCAAUGAAUUCUUUUAUAGGAAAUUGAAACCUGGGAGCCGUUUGCCUGAAAGCAAUGACCCAAGGGUACUGAUUUCUCCAGCUGACUCUAGGUGCACGAUGUUUUCAACAGUUCAUCAAUCGAAGGAAAUAUGGAUUAAAGGUGAUAAAUUCUCUAUUGGCCGUUUGACUCAAAAUCAUCGUUUAGAUAUGUUUAAUGACAAAUCAUGUAGCUUAGGAAUUUUCAGAUUGGCACCUCAAGAUUAUCAUAGGUUCCAUUCCCCCUGUAAUGGUAAGAUUCUUAAACCGAUUUAUGUUGAAGGUAAUUAUUAUACUGUGAAUCCGAUGGCAGUUCGUAGUGAGCUAGACAUUUUUGGAGAAAAUGUUAGAGUCAUUGUCCCAAUCGAAUCACCAGAAUUCGGUACGAUACUUUUUAUACCUAUCGGUGCUAUGAUGGUAGGUUCUAUUAUUUUGACUGUAGAAGAAAGUGAAACAGUUGUGCGUGGGCAAGAGUUAGGCUACUUCAAAUUUGGCGGAUCAACCAUUGUCAUUGUCAUUCCUUCUCAAAAGGUCAUUCUUGAUUCUGAUUUAUUAAAGAAUUCUAGUGAAGGUAUUGAGACUCUAGUUAAAGUAGGUAUGAGUAUUGGUCAUACUGGAGAUAUUUUAGAAUUGAAACGUAAGCGUAUUAAAAUAGAUGAUCCCAAACAGAUUGAACAGAUCAAACGUACGAUAAGUGUGACCGAUGAAAAUGCCGAGCAACUAGGGAACGUACCAUGGCAAUAUCAUGAAUAUCGGAAGUUUAUUGACGAAAAUGUAGAUAGUUCAACCGAUGACAUUAGUUGA